ACUUCCGGUGGGGUCACCGACUAGCUUUUUAGGAGCGAAUAUUUCCCCGUGUUUACCGGCGGGUGUUACACCACCAUGAGAGCCUAGUUUUUUUUUUUUUUUACCGUAGCUACAUUUCUCCUGUAAAUAUAAAAGUCUUUAAGCUGCCGGACUGAACGACUGCACAACGCGGUUAGACAAGCGAGGCAAAAAAAAGAGGAAGCAAUAGCCAACCAUCUUUCUUCUUCUGCCAGCAAUAACAAGAAAGAGACCAGGGCUAGAUUCAAGUAGAGCUGUGUAGUUUACACAUUAUUGUCUUUUUAAUGCUGGGGAAAGGAAACCUCUCAGUGUAAAGAAAGAUUUGAAAAAAAAAAAAAAAAGCUCCCGGACACUGAAGCUCAUCUCCCGGCAAGAACUGGAAGUUUAGGAACAAGAAGACUGGGCUGUUAAGAAUUAGUAUUCCCGUUUUUUCAUGUUUCCAACAGGUUUAUCUUCCCCUAAUCCCCCACCACCGCCAACCCAGGAGGCUAGACCAGCGGCUACUGAUGUCAAAAACGAAAGCGGUAACAUCACAUCUCCGAAGAAGAGGAAGAUAAACGGAUCCGAGAGGGAAGACCCCACUGACACGAUCUCUUCCUCGCCCCCCAAGACCCUGAAUUCCUCCUCCUCCUCUUCUUCUUCCCCCUCCUGCUCUCCCACUCCGCUGCACAUUCAGAAGAAGUUGAGGUUUGAGGAUUCGGUGGAUUUCAUUGGACUGGAUGUGAAAAUGGCUGAGGAGGCUGCCGCCGCUUCGUGCUCCAAUAACAAAAGCAAAGCCGUGUUCCUGUCCGGCGGCGUGGGACACCAUGCAAACGGACUGACUAAAACCGCAGGCUCCGUCACCUUCCCCAACAGUAAACCCGGUGCAGCCAAGAAACUAGUCAUCAAGAACUUCAAAGAAAAACCCAAGUUGCCGGAGAACUACACACAAGAGACCUGGCAGAAGCUUAAAGAGGCGGUGGAGGCCAUACAGAACAGCACUUCUAUUAAGUACAACCUAGAGGAGCUCUACCAGGCUGUGGAGAACCUGUGCUCCCAUAAGAUAUCGGCCAAGCUUUACAAGCAGCUGAGGGCCGUGUGUGAAGACCACAUCAAGGCACAGAUUGAUCAGUUCAGAGAGGAUGCUCUGGACAGCGUGCUUUUCUUAAAGAAAAUUGACAAGUGCUGGCAGGAUCACUGCAGACAAAUGAUCAUGAUUAGGAGUAUAUUCUUGUUUUUGGAUCGCACAUAUGUUUUACAAAAUUCAAUGCUGCCAUCAAUCUGGGACAUGGGUCUGGAGCUGUUCAGGUUCUACAUCAUCAGCGAUCUGAAAGUCCAGAGUAAAACCAUUGACGGGAUUCUGCUGCUCAUUGAGAGGGAGCGAAACGGAGAGGCGAUAGACCGCAGUCUACUGAGGAGCCUGCUGAGCAUGCUCUCAGACCUGCAGAUUUAUCAAGACUCCUUUGAGCAACGAUUUUUGGAGGAAACGAAUCGACUCUACGCUGCCGAGGGACAGAGGCUGAUGCAGGAGAGAGAGGUACCAGAAUAUCUUCAUCAUGUUAGCAAACGCUUGGAGGAGGAGGCUGACAGAGUCAUCACAUAUCUAGACCAGAGCACACAAAAACCACUCAUUGCUACUGUGGAGAAGCAGUUGCUGGGUGAACAUCUCACUGCUACUCUGCAAAAAGGGCUGACUCACCUGCUGGAUGAGAACAGAAUUCAGGAUCUGUCUCUGCUCUAUCAGCUCUUCAGCCGAGUACGAGGCGGUGUUCAGGUGCUCCUGCAGCAUUGGAUUGAGUACAUAAAGGCUUUUGGAAGCACAAUUGUAAUCAAUCCAGAAAAAGACAAAACAAUGGUGCAGGAGCUGCUGGACUUCAAAGACAAGGUAGAUCACAUCAUCGAUAUCUGCUUCAUGAAGAACGAGAAGUUUGUAAACGCCAUGAAAGAGGCUUUUGAAACGUUCAUCAACAAACGGCCAAAUAAACCCGCAGAACUCAUAGCAAAACAUGUGGAUUCAAAGCUUCGAGCAGGAAACAAAGAGGCAACAGAUGAAGAGCUGGAGAAGAUGCUGGAUAAGAUCAUGAUUAUCUUUAGAUUCAUCUAUGGGAAAGACGUUUUUGAAGCCUUUUACAAAAAAGAUCUGGCCAAGAGGUUGCUGGUUGGAAAAAGUGCCUCGGUGGAUGCUGAAAAAUCAAUGUUGUCAAAGCUGAAACACGAAUGUGGAGCAGCGUUCACCAGCAAACUGGAGGGGAUGUUCAAGGAUAUGGAGCUUUCUAAAGACAUCAUGGUGCAGUUCAAACAGUAUAUGCAGUGCCAAAACAUUCCUGGCAACAUCGAGCUGACAGUUAACAUCCUCACUAUGGGUUACUGGCCAACAUAUGUCCCGAUGGAGGUGCACCUGCCUCCUGAGAUGGUGCGGCUCCAAGAGAUCUUCAAGACCUUCUACCUGGGCAAACACAGCGGCAGGAAGCUGCAGUGGCAAUCAACACUUGGCCAUUGUGUCUUAAAAGCAGAGUUCAAAGAGGGCAAGAAGGAGCUGCAGGUGUCCCUUUUCCAAACACUUGUGUUACUGAUGUUUAAUGAAGGAGAGGAGUUCACUCUGGAGGAGAUCAAACUGGCAACAGGAAUAGAGGACAGUGAACUGCGCCGGACUCUACAAUCUCUUGCCUGCGGAAAAGCACGUGUCCUUACCAAAAUCCCAAAAAGUAAAGACGUGGAGGACGGGGACAAGUUCUCCUGCAAUGACGACUUCAAACACAAGCUCUUCAGGAUCAAAAUCAACCAGAUCCAGAUGAAGGAAACGGUUGAGGAGCAAGCGAGCACCACAGAAAGAGUCUUUCAGGAUCGUCAGUAUCAAAUUGAUGCUGCCAUUGUGCGGAUCAUGAAAAUGAGGAAGACUCUGAGCCAUAAUCUCUUGAUGUCUGAAGUGUACAACCAGCUCAAAUUCCCAGUCAAGCCUGCUGACUUGAAGAAGAGGAUAGAGUCUCUAAUUGACAGGGACUAUAUGGAGCGUGACAAGGAGAACCCCAACCAAUACAACUACGUGGCUUAGAGAAAGCAGAAGAGACUCAGACGGUCAGGCAAAGUGAUCAGUCUCAAAAUCUUUUGCUCCGGUGGACGUUAAUCUUUAUCAUCUUCAACCCAGCGACCGACAAGUGAAUGGAUACUGCUCCACAGGAUUUUUGUCAGGGGUCUUGUGAUCCUGUGGACUGCAUGCCCAUUGAAAAGAGAAUAUUGUCCAUUUUCUCAGCGCCGCUGAGAGACUUGGGCUGCCGUGGACAGACAAAGAAGACAUACAGAUGUUGCAACGUUUGCUUUUUUUUUUAAUGGAGAGGAAAAAUAUUUAUUUUCAAACUUAUGUUCUUCUUUGUCCAUAGUUUGAAACAAUAUGCUCUUUGUUAUCACGUCACUUUCUUCUUCUUUUUCACACAAUAUCCCAAGCAAAUGCUGACACACUUAACAAAGCUCUUAAUGUACCACAAAUUGGAGAGAAAAAUUAUAAAAUAUACUAAAUCGAUGCUCAUUUCUUCAGUCAGUGUCAAAUGUUGGACUAGUGGACUAACAUUCAUGGUAGGAAAUUGAGAAUUUGGGAAAUAUCUGUGUCGAAUGUUUGCUCUUGCAGUAGGCGUUACAGUUUUUGAGCCCAUAUAGCCAUCUGAUGAAGCUGUGAUCAUGAACACACAAGCGUUGAUCCAGUUUGUGCCAAAAAAAAAAAAGGAACACGUCUUUUGUCAUAGGGCAUAUUCAAGCUGCUAAAAAAUUUCAGUUUAACAAGUUAUAUGCAUUUAACUUUCCUAUUUGUUCCUUCUUUGUAUUUUUUUGUACAUAAUUCACAAAGGUGACAUUUUAAAUAAUCUCAUCUGACAAGUCAACUGCUUUUUAGAAAAUCUUUUUUUGUUAACCCUUAGAAUUAAACUAAAAGCACAACAUCGAAGCAAAUUUCCUCAAACCCCCCCCCCCCCCCAGUGUCAUUACAUGUAUUUACACAAAACACUUUUUUUUGUAUGUUUCCCUGUGAGGUUUGCAUUACCUCACUCUGAAAAGUGGAGGUAAUGUGAAGUGAGUUUGCCUCAGCACAAGUUUAAAAAAAAAAAAAAAAAGAUUGAGUAGACAUGCCCUUGUUUGUAUGAGUCUGUUAAAUUUAUCGCUUCAGAUUAAAAGAACUGUUUCA